AUGUCACAAAAAUUAUCAUUCUUUCAACAAAAUACUCGUAAUGGUAGUGGUGCCUCCAGAACUUUGGUUAUUAAACCACCAACAAUUCAACCAAAACCAGAAAAUUCAAUUUCCAAAACAUUUAGCAAAUAA